CAGCUCCCCACGGAGUCAGGAUACUUCAGGGCGAAUUUUCCAUUUAAGAUGAGGACAGAUAGAAUGUUACCCCGGAGAUCACCUUAAUGGCAAUGACAGCCCUAGAAAUCCACACAGCAAACUGCCAUCGUGCACAUGUGACACCAGAGUGCUAUGUAAGUGUGUGUGGCAGUUAAUACAAUAAACUACUUAAUACUAUAGUACUGUCAAUAGCAAGACAACCUUUAAUAUCAUUGGAAUACUACAUGAUGUGUGCAAAAUUAAACACAAUCCAUUUAUGAUGUUGUAUACAGCACUCACUGUGCACACACAGACACAGACAUUAGGUGGAUACACAUUUGCAGAGAUUAACAUAAAAAAUAAACAUUUUUAUAUUUAUAUAAGCAGAUGAAUCCUACACACACACACACAACGAAUACUUCCAGACUUAGGCAGUCACAGUGAGCACAAUACAGACAUUAAAAUCAAACUUCAGUAAGUAGGAGCAAGACCACGUUGGGCAGAGCGCAUGCAAAGCAUUCAAGCACAGUGCAAUACAGCCAGCCUGCCUUCCAGGGCAGCGACUUUGUUAAAGAGUAAAUCAGCUGGAAGAAUUAUUACUGCUCAAAAUCACAUCCAGCUACAGGAUUGCUCGAGUCUCCAGAGGACCCCUCCACACACACUCACCUCACUCAGCAAAGCCACUGCCUACUUUUAUAACCUCAGCCUCAUUUGCAUGGAGACCUCCCAUUGGCUAUGAGAACAGAAGCCUCAGAGUCUUGGAAGCCAUGCGGGGUGCUGAUUGGACGAGCCCUCGGAAUCAUGCCGGCUGAAAACAUGUAUAAAUAGGGGCGUGUGCUGCUGAGGCAGAGCAGAGAGACUAUCCAGAGAUAAAAGUAUCGCACUACCUCCUAGCCAGUGCAGCCAGCGCAGAAUUAGCAAGCAACUUCCAAGAGUUAGGAGUUUCAGCCUGAGCUAGCAAACCAUAAAGGAAAGAGACAACCAACUUCUAACAAAGAGCUGGUUAAGCAAGGUGCUGAAGCUAAAACUCCUUCGAAAGCAAAGGCUCUUGUCAAAGAAGUGUUCUCUCUGUGUGGAGAUGUCCCUGGCAGUGAAAGAGAAGACCCAGGUGCGUCUGGUGUUCCUCGGGGCGGCCGGGGUGGGGAAGACAGCCCUGAUCCAGCGCUUCCUCCAGGACACCUUCGAGACCAAGCACAGGAAGACGGUGGAGGAGCUCCACAGCAAGGAGUACGAGAUCAGCGGGGUGUUGGUCACCAUCGAGAUCAUGGACACCAGCGGCAGCUACUCCUUCCCGGCCAUGAGGAAGCUGUGCAUCCAAAACAGCGACGCCUUCGCCCUCGUCUACGCCAUCGACGACACCCAGUCUCUGGAGGUGGUCAAGAGCCUGCGGGACGAGAUCCUGGAGCUCAAGGAGGACAAGUUCACGCCCAUCGUGGUGGUGGGCAACAAGAUGGACCGGGAGGAGGGGAGGCAGGUGCCCAGUGAGGCCGUGCUGUCCACCGUGGAGCUCGACUGGAACAACCGCUUCCUGGAGGCUUCAGCCAAGGACAACGAGAACGUGGUGGAGGUCUUCAGUGAGCUCCUGCAACAGGCCAACCUGCCCAGCCGCUUGAGCCCAGCGCUCAGGCGCCGGAGGGAGACCUUCCCCAAGGACAGCAGCUCCCGGCCGCCCAUGAACAAGACCAACAGCUGCAGCGUCUCCUAAUGCAGUCGCCCUGCGGAUCUGCAGCGAGGGUGAUCAUCUGCAACAGCUGACAGGACAAGCCUGCCCACAGUGUCUUUAACUGAUGGUGUUGCGAGGACAGGGCGUUGAGGAAGGACAGGAUAAAGGCAUGGCUUCAUUCACACAGUGUGAUGAGCUUUGCCUGGUGGUGUGUUUGAGGGUGACGCUGUGUGUGAGAUCAAACAAAUAUGUAAGAGUUGUAUUUUUUUUAAGUCUCCAUGUUAUCAGAGCAUUUGUUUUUAUCAAUUGUAGUGGUGCUAAGGUGGCACCCGAGGUGUUGAGUCUUUUUAAAGUGUGUAACAGGAGGAUUAUGCAGGACUGUGUACUAAGCUUGCUUUAAUUAAAAGAGAAAGCAGUAUAUUUCUCUAAACUGUGAAAGCCACAUGCUGUCAUUUUCCAGAGCCAUUGCAGUGCAUGAAUUGAGUUUACACGUCAAUGUUGUUUAUAUGAGUCCGUGUGCCGUUAGCUUUGCAUGGUUUGUUUGAGCUGCAGUGUUUGAGAAGCGAAGCUCAGCCAGUGUGGUGCAUGUCAGCAGUAUUUACAAGGUCUUUGAUUCAAAUGUUUAUUUACGCUUUCAUUUUUAAACGUGACGUUAAAGUGUUAACAAUGUGCAUGUUUUUCACUUUGUUUUUUAUUUAUUUGUAUUUAAUGUAAUUUCAAAAUAAAAUAUUUAUUAAAAUGUGAAU